GGGACGGAGAGCGGGUGAGUCCGGGGCCUGAGGCGGGACGGAGAGCGGGUGAGUCCGGGGCCUGAGGCGGGACGGAGAGCGGGUCGCUAUCUCCAUUUGGAAAAUGAGUCACACUGGUGGACGUAGUUUUGUCGAGGUUAUUUGUGAAAAGUACAGCCCAGAAAAUUUUCCAUAUCGACGAGGAAUCGGCAUUGGCAUCCACACCUCUGCAGGGCCACAAGGCUCACCCAUGAAAGCACGCCUGAAUCUCCCAACUAUCCUCGUGCUGGAUGGUUGUGGAAUUACAACUGCUGGAAAGGAAAGCGAUAUUGCUGCCUUCUGCUCGCAUGUCUCUGAACUCGACCUGUCUGAUAAUAAUCUACAAGACUGGUACGAGAUCAGCAAAAUUGUAUCAAAUCUUGCCAAGCUGACAUUUCUGAACCUCACCUCAAAUCCUCUGAUUGAGGCCAGUUUAGAUUCAGUUUGCGCUGCCUCAUUCUCUCGAAUACAGAGACUCGUCCUCAACAACACCAAAGUUUCAUGGGAAACCGUUCAUAUUUUGUUGCAGGAAUUAUCAGGGUUAGAGGAGCUCUUCCUGUGCUUUAAUAACUACAGGGCAGUAUCACUGUCGUCCUGCUCCUACCCGUCACUUCGACUUCUACAUAUCACUGAUAAUAAUCUCACUGACUGGGCAGAGGUACACAAACUUGGACAAAUGUUCCCAGGCUUGGACACAUUAAUCCUGGCAAACAACAACCUGACCAGCAUCACAGAUUCUCAGGGAACUCUGGCACGACUUUUCCAAAACCUACGAUCAAUUAAUCUUCAUAACUCAGGACUAAGCUCGUGGGAUGACAUUGAUAAACUCAAAGCAUUCCCCAAAUUGGAAGAAGUGAGGCUUCUAGGAAUUCCUUUGCUCCAGAGUUAUUCUGAGGAGGAACGACGCAAACUCAUCAUUGCUAGGUUGCCAUCUGUUACAGUGUUAAAUGGCAGUAAAGUUGCUGGAGAAAGAAUAGAUGCAGAACGAUUUUUCAUACGUUACCAUAUAAAUCACCCAGAUGAAGAAUUACCAGACAGAUACCAUGAACUAGUAACACAAUAUGGUGUACUGGAACCGUUGGCAGUGGUUGACCUUCGACCCCAGAGUCGUGCAAAGGUUGAGGUUCAUUUUGAAGGUAAAGUUGAGGUCAUGAAUAUUCGUCUCGAUCAGACAGUGGCUGAUCUGAAGAAGCAACUUCGAACUAUCGUACAGUUACCGGCCAAUAAUAUGCGCCUGUAUUACAUUGAUCAAGACAUGGUAAAGGCUUUUGGACCAGAAGAAAUGAAAUUCAGCACACGUGCUCUCCACUCGUUUAGUAUCCGAGACGGAGAUGAGAUUCAUGUAGAACCCAAAACAAAAUAGUCUUGUGAAUUUACUCUCAAUCUUUGCACUUUUUACCCAAGUAUUUUGUUUUUUAAUGAAAGUGUUGCUGGGUCACAGUGUAUUUUCACAGCUGUAACUGUUAAGGGGUUUGACAUCCAAUGCAUAGGUACUGAUUAUUGCUGAUCAAAAUUCCUACAAUUAGCAGAAGUUUCUAUGAAGGAGGCAACCCUGUAAUAACAGAUCCCAUGGUCAACAUCGCCUUGGUUAGUGGAGGCAUAUACUGUAAGCUGAUUAUUGAAACCAGCAGUAAGAAGGGUCAAAAGUUACUGCAGCGUAGUGAUUGAAGGAUCAUCAUUGUAUGAGGUUACAAAGAAAUUGAGGAUUACAACCUGUACAACAUUAUUCUCAAUCACUCAACUUUAGAGAACACAAGUCAUCACUAUUGUGCAACACAAUCUGGAUUUUAAUAUUUGCUUGUUAACAUACUUGUAGUUGUUAAGAAGAUGAAGUAAGAAGCAGCACAAAAUUGUCCUUUAUCAUAGUCAAAUUUGGAUAUGAUCAUGUCAUUAACAAUGAAAUAGUUGUCUAAAGUUAAACUAUUUAUCAAUUUAACUUGAUGACAUCAAUCCUUCACCUGUCAUCAGGAAAAGGUUAUUAUCCUUCUUUGAAAGCAGGAUUUGGAUUAACAGUCCGUUCUGCUAUAACACGUUGUGUUCAAUGCAUAUUGGCUUUAAACAUGAAUGAAAAAUUUAGACCGUUAUUUGUAGAAAGCGAAUUUUCCUUACCUGUAGUGGCUAAAACGUGAUUUCGGUCCCUUUAGUUUAAAUGGCACAGCUACUACAUGGUUUUCUUAUAACGUGAGAUCGCAUGAGAACAUAACGAUCGCGUUAUGUCAGAACCAACUGUAUAGGCUUGACUGCAUUAUGUAUUUCAACAGCCAUUUUUAAAAAGUAAUUUGAUAUACUCUAAUGAGGAAAAAGAAUUGCAGAUUUAUGGGGAAAGAACAAAGGAGUGGGACUUCUUGAAUAGCUUAAGAAGCUUGCACAGGUACAUUUGGUCAGUUUGUGCUGUAUCAUUCUAUAUCAAUAUUGCCAAAAUGUAAAUGAACAUGAUUUCUGAAUCAGUGGCAAUUAAUUUCAGCAGAAUUCAUGCCUUAACACUUGUAGCGUAAGUGUUUGUACAGAUUAAGCAAUCAGUAUGAAAUUGCACAGUUAGCACCUUGGACACCACACCACAUAAACAUGCAUAACAGCCAUAGUGCUUUAUGAACUGCAUACAAGUUGUAAAUGUGCAGUGUGUGGUUUCUACAUUGCAGUCAGUAUGUUAGCUGCAAUAUUCACUAAUUUAAUGUGGGCAGUAAUGUAUUGAAGGAUUCAAAUUGUACAAUGAGGGGCAUGGCAAGCCUCAAAUAUUUUCUUAGCAUAUUUUCAACCAGGUACUCAAGUUUUGGGAUGUGCAUUUAAUAUUGUAUUUGGUUAAUUGUGAAAAUGUUUAAUCUGUUCAUACAAAUAUAAUUAUGUUGAAAACGACUAUUUUCAGUUGUGAGUUGACUUGAUUCCUGUAAUGGAAAGAACUGAACUAUGGUCUGGAGUUGAGGUCAUAUGGAGCAAAGCCCUAAGCAUCCACUGAUAUAAGUGGACAGUGUUACUUAUUGUCUGCUCACUAGAUAACAGCAAAUGCAAAUUUGGUAUGUGUAAGGAAAAGUGCCCUUUGUGUGAAUAAUCAUCCUUUGGCUGUAGUUUGCAAGAAACUUAACCCAAAUGAAUCCACGUGCCUGUACACAUUGAACUUCAGCAUUUUUUUGCUUUUGUGAUCUUUAGGAUUUAUUUGUCAUCCCUGGUUGAAAAAUAUUGAAAUCAUGAGCCUUUUGUAUAUUUGUUUAAAAAUUCAUUCUCAGGAUGAGAGUGUCACUGGCCAGGACAGCAUUUAUUGCCUGUCCUAAUUGUCCAAGGGGCAUUUAAGAGACAACCACAUUGCUGUGGAUCUGGAGUCCUAUAUAAGCCAGACCAGAUAAAGAUGGUACUUACCUUCCCUAAAGUUCCCUUAGUGAACCAGAUGGGUUUUUCCUGACAAUUGAUGUUGAUUUAAUUAGACUCUUAAUUCCAGAUUUUUAUUCAACUCACAUACCACCAUCUGCCAUGGCAGGAUUCAAACCUGGGUCCCUAGAACAUUACCUGGACCUCCUGAUGAAGGCCCAAAAUAUUGAUUCCUCUGCUGCUCGGAUGCUGCCUGACCUGCAGUGCUUUUCCAGCACCACACUCUCGCCUCUGGAUUAACAGUCCAGCUACUAGUCCGUGAUCUCUCUAUAUGGCUUGUUAUGACUUUUUCCCUUGAAUGUUCAAACUUUUUUCAUAUAAAAUACUUUGUGUCUUUGAAGGUGACUUACUUGAUCUGUGAACUCGGAUUGCCUCUUUGUGAAUUGAAUGUUGAAGAUUUCUGGUGUGAGCAAUUAUGUCAUUAGAUUCAAGACGGGGUAUUUAAAUGAAGGUCAUUAUUCAGCAAGCAUUUAAUAUUAAAAGAGCAAACUACAAGGCUGUGGCCACUCUACUAUAAUCCAUAUUUACUGAUUUGCUUCAUAGUUGGUGGUUAGCUCUGGUCCUGCAGGUAGUUUUAUUUCUUGCAUACUUCUGAGCAGUUAUUUUUGAGGUAUUGGAGGUAAGAUUCUGUACUCUGAUUACCAAAUGAUGUUUUUAAAAUCUCUAGUGUUCUGGUGAUUCAUAUAGCGAAGAAUAUUUUCCCAGUUAGUCUCUAUACAGGUCCAGUACAUGCUAAGACUAUCUCCCUUGCCACCUCAAUCCAGUCUGGAACUGACAUGAUUACCUCAUUGGAUUGUGCUACUACUGAGUGCAGUCUCUAACAGGUAACCAGGUAAAACUCAGUUAUUUGUUGUUUACAGAAUGCUAUGGGAGCUAAGAGGGCAAAGGAUCAACCAACUUUUAAGUAGUUUCCCUCUUUUUUUUCUAUCAUUAAUAACAAGAUGUAAAUGGAUAUUGGAUUAUUGCAUUUCCUAUGUGAAAAGUCUAUUUUUUUUUUGGUUAAAUUUGGUCUUGCCUUUCCGCAUAGAAGCUACUGCUGUAGGUUGGGUGCCCUGAUUCUGGAAGUAGUAAUGACGAUUACUUGUGUGCCCUUCCUUCUGUGCUGUAACCAUUCUGUGAUUCAAAUAUACCACUUUCAGGUGUUUUUAUUGCUGUUUUCAUUGCUGUGUCUCAUCACUAGUCUUGGUGUUUUAUGUUGUCUAAUGUCAUUCUAGAACUUGCAUGUGAAUCCAAUUUAACUCAUGAUAUAUCAGAAACAUUAAUCACAGCUUUCCCUAAAUGAAUUAAGUCAGUCUAUCAACUA